GUUAGCGAUAGUUGUUAGACUGGCUGACAGACACAACAGUAGCGGCUUAAACUUGUCUGUCAUUUCUAACAGUUAGCCCGUUUAGCCCAGCUUUACGCGGUAAUCUUAGCGUUGCUUGCCCACAGCAGCUUCAAUGAACUCUUGUUAUUUAUUGUGGAACUAAAAGCUGGUGCUUUAGUAAACCCUCGACAGUCGUCUCCACCUGUUAUUCGCUACAUCGAGGAGCUAAAGUGAGCUAACAUCAGCGGUACAGUUUGCUAGCUUUCAUUAGCUAAUUGUGCAAGUUUCUCCCCCUGCUGCGCAUUAUAGCAAGGUUGUCAACAUGCUGCAGUGAGUAAUGUACAGAGUGUUGAUAUUGACAAUGGCCAUCUGGGGGGUGCAAGGAUGCUCCGAUUCACAAAGCUGCCCGACGCAGCCGCCCAACAUCACCUCCAAGGACUUCUGUUACUCUGCCCGAAUACGCAGCACUGUGCUCCAGGGCUUGCCCUUUGGAGGGGUGCCUACUGUCCUUGCUCUUGAUUUUAUGUGCUUCUUGAUGCUGCUGGUUGUGUUCUCCUUCUUGAGAAAAGUAGCCUGGGACUAUGGGCGCCUGGCUCUGGUGACUGACGCUGACAGAAGAAUGGAUCAGCGGUACAGUCGCCUGGAUGAUCGGGAAUACGUGGCCUCUGCUUUGACAUCAGAUACACCAGAACGCUACGAGCGGCUUACCUCAAUUUCCAGCUCAGUAGACAUCGACCAGAGAGAUACAGGCUUCUGCUCCUGGCUGACUGCCAUCUUCCGCAUCAAGGAUGAAGAGAUAAGGGAGAAGUGUGGCGAGGAUGCGGUACACUACUUGUCCUUUCAGCGACACAUCAUUGGCCUGCUGGUCGUGGUCGGUGUGCUCUCUGUGGGCAUCGUCCUUCCUGUUAACUUCUCAGGAAACCUACUUGAAAAUAACGCCUAUAGUUUUGGGCGAACCACUAUAGCAAAUCUGAAUGCAGACAAUACUCUACUGUGGCUGCACACCAUCUUUGCAUUUCUCUACCUGUUACUGACGGUGUACAGCAUGCGACGGCACACUUCCAAGAUGCACUACAAGGAGGAUGACCUGGUGAAACGCACUUUAUUCGUCAAUGGAAUCUCCAAAUAUGCCGAGGAGACUGAGAUAAAGCAGCACUUUGAACAGGCGUAUGAAAACUGUGUUGUACUGGAAGCUCGGAUCUGUUACAAUGUGGCAAGACUGAUGUAUCUCAACUCUGAAAGGAAGAAGACCGAGCGCAGCAAGAAAUUCUUCGUUGACCUGCAGGCCAAAGAGCACAUCACAACCAUGAUCAAUCCGAAGCCCUGCGGACACCUUUGUUGUUGCAUCAUCAAAGGCUGUGAGCAGGAAGAAGCAGUGGGCUACUACACCAAGCUGGAGUCUCAACUUAAAGAUGACUACAGGAAGGAGAGAGAAAAGGUGAACAGGAAGCCGUUAGGAAUGGCCUUUGUCACCUUUCAGAACGAGGCCAUAACUGCAAUAAUCUUGAAAGACUUCAACGCCUGUAAGUGUCAGGGCUGUCAGUGUCGUCGGGAGCCAAAGAGCUCUCAGUUCAGUCCCAAGCUCCACACACAAAACUGGACCGUCAGCUAUGCCCCUGAUCCACAAAAUGUCUACUGGGAGCAUCUGUCAGUGGGAGGAGUCUCCUGGUGGCUCCGCUGCUUGAUCAUCAACAUUGUCCUCUUCCUCCUCCUCUUCUUCCUUACCACCCCCGCCAUCAUCAUCUCCACCAUGGACAAGUUCAACGUCACCAAACCCGUGGAGUAUCUCAAUAAUCCAAUCGUCACCCAGUUCUUCCCCACCCUCCUUCUGUGGUCCUUCUCCGCCUUACUUCCUACCAUUGUUUACUACUCUGCCUUCUUUGAAGCGCACUGGACCCGGUCAGGAGAGAACAGGACCACGAUGCAUAAAUGCUACACCUUCCUGAUCUUUAUGGUCUUGUUGCUGCCCUCUCUCGGACUCAGCAGUUUGGACGUUUUCUUCCGCUGGCUUUUUGACAAAAAAUUCUUGGCAGAUGCUAAGAUCAGAUUUGAGUGUGUGUUCCUUCCUGACAACGGCGCCUUCUUUGUGAACUACGUCAUUGCGUCCGCAUUCAUCGGUAACGCCAUGGACCUGCUGAGGAUACCCGGUCUACUGAUGUACAUGAUCCGUCUCUGCCUGGCUCGCUCUGCAGCAGAGAGGAGGAACGUCAAGAGGCACCAAGCCUACGAGUUCCAGUUUGGGGCCGCUUAUGCCUGGAUGAUGUGCGUCUUCACCGUGGUCAUGACCUACAGCAUCACCUGUCCAAUCAUCGUCCCUUUCGGCCUGAUGUACAUGUUGCUGAAACACCUCGCUGACAGGUACAACAUGUACUACGCCUACCUGCCAUCCAAACUGGACAAAAAGAUCCACUCUGGAGCCGUCAACCAAGUGGUGGCCGCUCCUAUCCUCUGUCUCUUCUGGCUUCUCUUCUUCUCCACUGUUCGCUCUGGGUUCGCAGCUGCAACGUCCAUGUUCACGUUAAUCGUUUUGAUCAUCACAAUCAUCAUCUGCCUCUCUCACGUCUGUUUUGGACAUUUUAAAUAUCUCAGCGCUCACAACUACAAGAUUGACAACCAGGUGGACGGGGUCGAGAAUGGGCAAGCAGUGCACACUUUCACCACCUCCAACACAGCGCAAAGCUACAUCGCUCAGGUACUUCAAGACCCGACUUUAGAGGAGGCCAACUCGGGCAGCGGCGAGGAAGACGGCCAGGGGUCCUCGCAGGACGAGGAAAUAAUCAAUGUGGAAAAUAACCUGAAUGAGGACUUCCAGUCUGGUGAGGACAGCCUCAUUGACCAUGAAGUGCGGAACUGACACUGCCUCAGACACAAACGAAUCCCCCUUAAAGUUUAGCCCGACGACUGCACUGAAUCUGUGAAACAAACAAGGAACUGACUCGAUAGUUCUCCGAAGCAUCUCAACCUCCGCGGUGGAACUUUGACACUAACAUAAGCACACUGUCUACUAAGGAUUUAACGGAUUGUUGUUUAAGGACUCCUAACGUCUUAUGUACCUACAGAGGGAAUCUACUCUGAUAAUGCAAGGGCGGUGACUUCCUUCUGAUAAACCCGAGGCACAUCCCAGAAUCAUGCACAUACAUGGACCCAAUGAGAAAAGACACUACUGCACAAAUGAAGAUUUGCCUCGUCUUGUAUUGGGAGUGAUGUUCUGUCUGUUUUUUUUUCCUUAACAUUAUUGCACUUGAAAAAGAGAACCUGUCCGAUAAGCUCGAGUUUCCCCGAAGGUACUGUUGUACAGCAUGCCUUCCGGUUCAAAAGGGCGGAGGGAUCUACCUGAAGUCCUUUUGCCAGUAUCUCUUAAUUGUCUGCACUACUUUCUCUGUAAAAGUAAAAGCAGCGGGCGUUGGAGGAGAACGAGAGUUCCCACAUCCCCGCGUCGCUUUGUGAAUGCAGAUGUUCAAAUACUGUUCUUCCAAAUCCGUCAAAGCCUUUCAAAACGAGAAAAAAAAAGGACGACAAAAAAAUCAUCGCUACUACUAACACUCCUCGAUGCUUUGACGCUGCAAAACGUUGGACUCUUGAUAAAUCCUUUUUGACAUGGUAUUUAUUGUAAAUGCUAAACGCCCCUAAAAACUGUGGAAGAAGAUAACGUGUAUAUCUUGGCGCACACUACAUUACUAAGACACUUGAUGGCGUGGUUCAGUCUCUGAGCCUUUUUGUCGGGUCUGCUGUGGACUGCUGCUACUGAAGCUGCCUCCUGUAGGGGGGAACGUUUGCACGGCUGCUGCAGGAGGACCGGAGGCCAGGAGCCUGCGGAUCCUUUUGCUGCGUUGCUCAGAGGUCGGAGAGAAAGGCUGUUUUUUUUUUUUUUUUCUGGGUCAGUUUCAGAUGAUACCUAAUGUGACGGCUUCUCUUAUCUGUUCUCAUUUGUUUACGUCUGUAUGUAGAGAUUCUUUUUUUUUUUUUUUUUUUUUUUAAUGCCGUUCAGUUUCUGCUGACGAGCUCUGAAGGCGUCUCUCGUCACGCAGCCCUCCGUCUGGUCCUCCUCGAUCUUAAUUCUUGUACGUAGACACUUAACCUAGCUGCUUCUUGUACCAGUGGUCUCUGAACAUUGUUACACUUUCUCAUUUUGCUAGUUAGGAGUUGUAUUGUUUAACGGGAAUUGCGCAACUUUAGCGACACCAUAUUGAAUCUUAAAGAAGGCCGCUCACGAGAGAGACACGCUGCAAAUCUUGACAUGAUGCAGCACCUCUGACACUGAAAAUAAAUAACUUAUAACGUUUCUUCUGAAGGAUUUAUCCCCUAAAAACUGAAGGUUCCCUUUCCAGUUCCUCUUCCUAGCAUACUUACUCUACAGGUGCGAUAGUUUGUUCUUCUACUGAAGGUUGUCAAAAUGUUCAAUGCUUCAAAAUCUUUUUCAACCUCAUCUAAAAACGAUACAAGCUCUGUUGACAUAUUGAAGGGUGAUAUCUGAGCAGGCGGGGAGACUACGGGGAAUAUCAUAACUUUGGAAAAGAGUGUUGGUGAUGUUACCAGUGCCUUUGU